GCGAUGGUGAAACCGCAACCUCUAGGAUGUUGGCAACAUUGUGCGGCCAAGCCAACCCGAACCCAUUGUUUUCAACCUCCGACAGGGUCACCAUAAUCAUCGACAGUGAUCGUACUAUAAUCUACUGGAGUGCCCUCAUGAGAUAUAGUGUCAUGUAUAUCAGCAGCACACAAGGUGCCGGUUGCGGAGGACGCGUUACCCAUACCGAAGGAGCCUUCUCUAGCCCUGGGUACCCCGAUGCGCUCCAGGAGGCCAAGACCUGUCGCUGGUACAUCGGUGUUCCAGGCCGGAAUCAAAUGACGCUGCGGUUCCAGGCUUUCUCACUCAACUCCACCGCCGGUUGCGAUACCAAUUAUGUGGAACUUUACGAAGGCACCUCGGAUCAAGAUGACAGUUUCGUCGUGCGGUACUGUGGUCAGGACCAUCCGGCACCAUACGAAUCUCGAGGAAACAAAAUUGUGGUAAAACUGGUAACAUCGGGACCACAGUCUGGACAAGGGUUCUACGCUCUGUUCCGUGCCAACGUUCAAGAAACGCCAUCACAAGUUCAGUACGCGGUUGGAAACCAGCCAUAAAAGAAUGCAAACAAACCGACGUUACACAGCUCGUUAUUGUGAUAAUGUUUACCUCGUCAUUUCCACGAAACUCAUAAAUUUUUUGUUCUGAUUAAAAAGUGCCCCUUUCACAAAACCACAUGUACGUUCACUGCUGCUGUUCACGGGGAACGCAACAACUUGUCUCGCCACAUAUGGGCAGUGAAGAACAAUGUCGGCGUGUUGUGUAGGAUGAAGCUGUUUGCUCAGACUUCAGGUAAAAUGUAAUUUAAAUGACACCGUUGUUCUGGAUGUUCCAUGUAAGGCUUGAAACAUUCCAUACGUAACAUUCCAUAAU